AUGUACGUGUGGGCGGCGACCAUCACCGGUCCGUCAGGAACUCCCUACGAAGGGGGUGUCUUCAAUCUCCGCAUCAUCUUUCCGCCGCAUUUCCCCUGGAAGCCACCGAAGGUGCACUUCCGUACCCCCAUCUUCCACCCCAAUGUGAGCGACCAUGGCAACAUCUUCCAUCCGAUGCUCAUACCUAAUAUGUGGAGAAUCGCGACAUCUGUGGCCCAGAUGCUAUUGCAUCCGCUGGUGGCGGAAGGCGACAUCGUUAGGGAGGAGGUGGCGGAAGGCGACGUCGUUAGGGAGGAGGUGUCGGUGAUGUACCGGAAAGACAGGACAAGCUACGAGGAACUCGCUCGUAGCUUCACCAGGAUCCACGCCAUGGAUGGUUAA